AAAGAGGAAGUAAAUUCAAAUGGAAUCUUAUUAAAUAAAAACACGUCGUAUUGACAAGACGUUAUGCGGAAAAGAAGAAUUUGUUUAGACACCAUGAAAUUUGGAUAGAGUAAAUCAUGGUUGAUUAUCAUCGAUGGAUGACGAGAAAGGAAAACGAAAGAAGGGCUAGAAUCAGUAAACAGACGCUUAUGGAGAACGAAACAAUGCUGGGCAGAUGGCUACAUGAAAAUCAACCGUGCAACGAUGACUAUUUUCUUGAAGAGAGAUCUGAAAACUUUGAUCUUUAUCAGAAUGAGAUAUAUGAAAUUCAACAUGAAAACAACUCACUUCACACCGAAAAAUACCAUUUAACACAAGACAUGAAAAAUAAAGAAACACAAUUAAAGCUAAUGCAACAAGAUUGCAAAAUAUUUCGCGAUGACAUGGAAAAAAAGAAUGGCCACCUGUUAAUUAAAAAUGCUGAUCUGGUUAAAGCGAAUAAAAAGCUAAAGAAACAAUUAAAUAGAUUCAAGUUUGAUUUCAAAGAUCAAUUAGACAAACAUGAUAAAUUAUUGCAACAUUUAAACGACGAGGUCAGUGAAAGAGAAAAUAAAGAGUAUUUGCUGACUAAGAAACAAAAAGAGAACAAGUACCUAAAAAAUGAAAUUUCUCGGUUAAAUGCAUUAGAUAGCCGGUUCAGAAAUCGCACAAAUCAGACGAAACGAGUAGAAGGAAGAAAUCAAACAUUGCAACAUGAGAUCAUUGAUUUAAAGCUUGAAAGGGCCGCCUUACGAAAGGAACUUAAUACACUAAAUCGACGAUGUGACCGCAUGAGUAAAGGUCUAGAACGGUCUGACACAAGUGUCCACACACAUGAAACUGGUGGCAUUAAUUCGCCUAAAACGACACACAAGAAAAAAUCACCACAGCCAGAACACAACAAAGAGGAUGAAUUGUCUAGAUCUAGAUUAAAGCAACAGCUCAUUUUAUGUCAUCAUGAACAGAGUUUGAUACUUGAAAAAAAUCAAGAACAAGAAGAUAAAAUCGCAUUGUUAAAAGAGGAAAAUAAGAAACUGGUUCAAGACAACCAAAAUGAACGCUCUCACCACAAGGAAAUGACUGUGCAUUUAAACCAUGAAAAAGAGAAAUGGACGCAAGAAAAACAAGCUCAUUAUUUAAUGAUUCACGAGUUAGAACUGCGUAUCAAGCAAGCCGAAGGUAAUCUUUGCCUGGCUUACGAAGAACUUAAUAACGAAAAGUCAAGAAACGCCAAGCUAUCUCAGGAAAAAACCCAAUACACAAACACAAAAAUAAAAAACGAACUUGAAAGCGAAAAAAAAAAAGAAACACAGAAAAUAUUGCGGAAAAACUGAUUGUGAUGCAA